AUGUUUCCUGCUAAAGCGUUUUCUGAACGAAUGGCUAUCAUCAGAGGACCUCUGGAUGUAAUGAUCAGUAGAAAUGUCAGCCGGAUAUGGAAGGUUCUACGAAAUGUGAGAUCGCUCCACCAAUCGCACAUUAACCUUGAACAAUGGCGAAAGAGUUACAGUGUAGGGUAUAUCAAACCGGAAUUGGGUGACAAGAAGCCAACACAUAUAGUUGUUGGCGCAGGAUCAGCCGGAUGUGUCGUAGCUGCUCGGUUAUCGGAAAAUCCUGAAAAUAGAGUCCUGUUGAUAGAAGCUGGUCCACAGGACUACUGGUGGGAUUGGCGAAUCCAUAUGCCCGCAGCGUUGAUGCACAAUCUCUGCCAUGAUCGAUACAACUGGUUUUACCACACAGUAGCACAGAAGAACGUUGCGGAUCGAGUUUUCUAUUGGCCGAGAGGCAGAGUAUGGGGUGGAUCUUCAUCGCUGAACGCUAUGGUUUAUGUUCGUGGUCAUCCAUUGGAUUAUGAUCGUUGGGAAUCAGAAGGAGCAAAAGGAUGGAAUUAUGAGAAUUGUCUCCCUUAUUUCAAAAAGGCUGAGACUUACAACUGCUCUAAGGGCCCAAGUGAUCCCUAUCGAGGUUAUAAUGGGCCGCUCCAUGUCACCCGAGGCUCCGCAGAGCAUCCACUGCAUCAAGCUUUUCUGGAGGCCGGACGACAGCAUCCCAUAGGCUCUAGCGAGGAUAUGAACGGUUACAAGCAGGAAGGACUAGCCCGGAUGGAUAUGACAAUUUAUAAAGGGAAACGAUGGAGUACGUCAUCUGCCUAUCUGAGACCUGCACUUUCACGACCUAAUCUCCACACCUCUUCUGGGAUAACGUGUACCCGCGUUCUGUUUGACGGUGCCAUAAACUCCCCACAAUUGCUGAUGCUGAGUGGUGUUGGUCCAGCAAAUCAUGUAAGAGCUCAUGAUAUUCCGCUUGUUGUCGAUUUACCUGGAGUUGGUCAAAACCUUACUGAUCACCUCGAAAUUUAUGUACAGCAGAAGUGUACAAAGCCAAUUACGCUCUACAACAAGAGCUCAUGGAAAUUCCCACAUAAUAUGAUAAAGAUUGGACUCGAAUGGUUUGCUACGCAGAAGGGACUGGGAGCGUCUAGUCAUCUCGAGACAGGUGGUUUUGCAAGAUCGUCUCCUGAGAGAGCUCACCCAGACAUACAGUUUCAUUUCCUACCAUCAACAGUUCAUAAUGAUGGUAGAAGCGUUGGUAACUGUCAUGCCUAUCAGGUACACGUUGGUACUAUGCGAACGAAAUCGAAAGGGUGUAUAAAGUUGGCGUCUAAGGACCCAAGAAGAUAUCCAAUCAUUGAUCCAAACUAUUUAGAUCAUGAGGAUGACUGGAAGGAGUUCAGGAAAUGUAUCCGUUUAUCACGCGAAAUUUUUGCCCAGAAAGCAUUUGACCCAUACCGAGGUGAAGAACUUGCUCCGGGGAAAGAAGUUGAGUCAGACGCACAAAUUGAUAACUUCGUUAGAGCAAUGUCUGCGUCGGCAUAUCACCCUUGUUGUUCGUGUAAAAUGGGUUCGAAGAAUGAUCCUAUGGCAGUGGUUGACCCUGAAACAUUGUCUGUGUAUGGAACUGAGAAUCUGAAGGUGAUAGAUGCGAGUGUAAUGCCUUCGAUCGUGAGCGGCAAUCUGAAUGCAAGUGUAAUUAUGAUGGCUGAACGCGCUUCUGAUCUCCUGCAAGGGAAGAAGCUGCCACCAACAAAAGUCCCUGCCGACCGUAUCGGACGUGUUGCUGAUUGGAUUGGAGUUGAUCGAUUCUUUUAUCGAAGGGGCAAUGAACGUUAUAACGAACGAAUGUAUGGAUCGGCCGCGAACGCAGGAAGUCAAUUCGAUUAUGUGCACGGUAUGGACGAAAACAACUUCCAAUUGGUAGACUCGUCGAAGCCGGUGCAACGCAAUCCACAGCGUAAUUUUCGCGCAAGACAGCUUCAAUUUAAGAAAUUGCUCCAAAAGGAGCAGGAAAGACGUGAUCAAGCAAUGCAAGGGCAGAAUCUGAAAAUGAAGAGAAGCAUUGCAAAAUGUGGCAACGUCGGGGAUCGUCUACCAUCAGUACAGGUGCGCCCUGAAUGGCAAGUUAUAGAGGAGAUGGAUUUCCCUCGUCUACUGAAGCUCAGCUUGCCUGGUGUGGGAAAUGGAGAGGAUAUUGGUAAACAUCUUUACGGAACCCUACACUAUUAUGAUAAGACAAUUGAUCGUGUAUCUGUGAGAACACCGAUCACUCUGCAACGUUGUGGAGGAAAUUUUUACAACAUAACAACCACGGAAGACCCGGUAAUUGAAGAAUUGGCUCAGCAAGGAGUUGGAAAUGUUUUUGCCACUGAUAUCAUUCUUGCUACACUUAUGACUGCGCCAAGAUCGGUGUAUUCUUGGGAUAUCGUUGCACAUCGUGUAGGCGACAAACUCUUCUUAGACAAGCGUGACACUGGCGGUAUAUCCAAUCCUGUCGAUGCUCUAACUGUGUCCGAGACGAGUGGUGACCCACCCUCGUUUGAGGGUGCUGGCAUCAAUAAUGCAAAGGAUCUAGCCACAGAAGCUCUAUUUAUCAAUCAGAACUUUCGCCGCCAAGUACUGAAACGCAACGAACAACCCUACAUUAUGGCGAAUCCUAGAGCUCCUUUUGAAGAAGAAGGUGGAGAAUCAGGUUGCGGGUAUCGGUAUCGUAAAUGGAAUCUUGGAAAGAAUGCAAGUGGCAAGCCCAUUGAGGUCGUGUGUCGAACUGAACAUGAUGGAGUUAUGGUUGGACCAUCAGGAGAUAUACAAUUCUUAACUAUUAAGGCAUUCAAUGAAUGGGAUAGUUCACAGUCAGGCGGUGCGUUGCUUGCGAAUUCCGAUGCGAUCAAAUUUGGUUACGUUUCUCGCAUGUCUGUUCGUAACAGUGCACAACACGUCAUUCUGGGCACACAACAGCUACGGCCGGUAGAAUUUGCGCAGAACAUCUCAAUGAAUCUCGAUAAUGGAUGGGGUAUAUUGCGUUGCGUCAUUGACAGCUGUAUGCGCCAACCGCAAGGCAAGUAUCUUCUAAUGAAGGAUCCGCAGUCGCCAGUUAUAAGGCUUUACUCUCUGCCGGAAGGUACAUUUGAAAGUGACCAAGACUCGAACGAAGACCAUGGAGGAGAAUCUGAUGAGGAUAACUAG